AUGCCAGGGACAAGAAUCGCGGAUGAAGAUCGUAAGAAGAUCGAUAAGAAAUUCAUCUGUACCAGUUGUGACAUGUUGUUGUGCAUGCCCAUGCAAACUCAAUGUGGACACUUGAUGUGUUUUGCUUGCGUGCAAGCAUUGCUAGAGUAUGUUGAUUUUCUUUAUUGCUAUGCCUAAAUACUCCUCGCUGCGAAAAAUGCAACUAUAGGCCCUCUGGCAGGAAUUGAACCUGCAGGCCUCUCAUUUCCGGUGCAGCGCUCUAACCAACUGAGCUCCAGAGCCAAAACAAUCUGAUAUUUACCCAUAUAGCUAACGGUUAGAGCAAAACUGGACUCUGUAGCUCAGGUAACAUGCAUCUCAUACUUCGGCAACGAAUGUAUUUCGUUUUGAUCACCAUCCCCAACCAUGUUGUAUGCGAAAUAUGAGGCCAUGUCCGUCACCCAGUCGGCAUCAGUGGAUUGGUGCAUAUAAUAUUCGCUUAUAUUUUGGCAUGGGCGAUAUUUGGCACGGUUGAACCGGCCUGCCUUGUGCCUCUGUCACUCUGCAGGCACAACGUGAUACUUAUCAAACGAGGUUUGAUUAUUUGAUCCUUAAGAUCGAAUAUUAAACAGUGCAAUAUUAUGAAAACUAUUCUUAUUAUUCAGGAGUUCAAACCCAAGAUGUCCCGCAGAUGGUACAGUACUUGAAAAAGAACAAGUGAGUGGUUCACAUUUACAUGUUUAUAUUCAGCCACGUUUGUUCCAAAAGUGGUAGGCAUCUGAGAUUGAGUCAUACAAAAAUUGUAAUUGAUGGCAGCGGCCAUAAUACUCAAAUGUUUGGUUACCUUUAUCCCAUAGUAUACUUACAUUAUCAGAACAGUGGUGAUUACAAUCAUGGAUGUAACAUUCGAGAUCAUUCCUGUCAACAUUGCAAAGUUAAUAUGCGUUGACAAAGUUCCGUCCAAUGUAAUUUUGUUGCAACUGUCAUAAAUAUGUGUUGCAUGGAUUUGAAUAAGCAAGCGAGGUUUUCGUCAACAUGGACGUCAGAUUGCCGAGAGGGAAGACUGGAUUAAAAACUGUGUUUGUGUUAGUUUGUGGUAAUCUUCAACACAUGUGACAAAACAUAAGAUUUUAAACUGAAGUUUUUUGCUUCCUUACACGAGCGCUAUGAUGCAAAAUGCCACCAAAAAUUAGUUCUACCAAUUUUCGAGUGACGUCCUUGUUGACAAAAACGUCGCUUUCUUAAGCUCACUAAUAGUUAAACAAUCACUCGAAUCUUGGGCUUAAAAGGUUUGAUAUUAAUCUCUUUCAGGUGUUUCCCGAUGUUUUCACUAAACGUGAGCUGAAUGGAUUAUGUUUGCAUUGUACCAACCAAGGCUGUCCUUGGCAUGGCACUUAUGAAGCACUCGAGGUGAGUUGCGGUGGUAGAAGGAGAGAGGGAGAAAGACGAGAAAACCCUUCGAGAGAAAAUUGUUGACUCUCAUUCACACAGCAGCAGCAAAUGAAACUAAGACAGUCCAUUAGUCCAACUUAUAAUAGAACCAUUUCUUUGUUAUUUAGGGACAUUCUGCUGUCUGUGAACACGCUUUGAUAAACUGUAUCCAUUCGCGAUGCAAGAUGAAAUUCCAACGCUCUAACUUGGGUGAACACUUGAAAAGUGAAUGUGAAUAUCGCAAUGUGAAGUGUGAUUUUUGUGGGAAAGAUGUCACCUUUGCCUCGAUGAAGGUAAGUAAAAAUAAAGUAACUUUUGAAAACAGUUUGAACAAUCCUGGAAGUCACGUCGUCUUAUGUAAUUAACCUCAAACCUUGCAAUAAUCCUUGAACCAGUACGGUAUACUCAGUUUUAUUCACUAUUCUUCUAGGAACAUGUUGAUACAAGCUGUGAAGGUGCGCCCGUGACUUGCAAAUACUGUAAGAAAAAUGUCUUGAGAAAAGACAUUGAAAGACACGAGAGACGCGAUUGCGACGAGGUUCCGGCGACGUGCGAGUAUCAAGAUGUAGGAUGCAACCACGAUAAGGUAAUAGUUACUUGCUGUAUUCAUUGACACACACAGGUUUUCUCCCGAUAAUUCUGUUACAGUUCCUCCUGUUGUAACUUUGCACCAAUAUAGGAUGUGCCUUCGCCUUAUUAGAGCUAUCCAGUAUAAGCUUAAUUUGAGCAGUAAGGGAUGAGUAGCACAAAUAAAUAAGAUUUACCUCAUUUAACCCGCACCAGUUGCCUCAAUGUUAGCUUUUUACGUGUGUAGAUGAGCAAAUGCUCAAUUAAAUGCUGAACUGACAAACGCUCAAUUACCCAAUAGUCUUCUAUAUAUCAUUAUUUGGCAUUCAUCUUUGAUACAUUUUGUAGACUUUGAAGCGAAAGGAACUGCGCCAACAUUUGAAUGAUGGAUUGAUAGAACAUGGUGGACAACUACUGCGAUAUACUCUCGCCGUUGCUUCUCAACUAAACGACUUCAUCCCACGUCCAGAAUUUACAGGGAUGUCGCAGAGAAUCCGAGACGACAUCACCGAAGUUCGUUCUGGAUUAGCCGAGAAGUUUGUAAUGGUUGUUGGAAAGUUAACUGGCUUGGAAAGACGGAUUGAAGGUUUGGAAUCCAGUGGUGGGGGUGAUACAAGGAUUAGAAAUGAAGUGCAUGAGCUACAAAGUAAAAUUAGAGACCUUACUACAGAAAGCAGCAACUUACGUGAACGGAAUAUGAGUGUAGAACGAGAAGUGAGAGAUAAAGUCUCAAUUAUUGAUCGUUUGCGAAGUAGGAUGGAUCAAAUGGAUGAGUCUCUUGCUCUGAAUACAGUCAAAAUUACCGAUUUGGAGUCUCAAAGAGGUCCGCGUGCACAACAAGCUAUCCAUAGCUAUAAUGGCACUUUACUAUGGAAGAUUGAAAGCUAUCAGAGAAAACGGCAAGAUGCCAUCAACGGAGUCAAGACGGCCUUGUACAGUCCACCUUUCUACAGCGCUCAGUAUGGUUACAAGAUGUGUGCUAAAAUAUAUUUGAAUGGGGAUGGUUUUGGAAAAGGAUCGCAUUUGUCGCUGUUUUUUGUUGUGACGCGAGGCGACUACGAUGCUCUUCAAACCUGGCCAUUUCAAAAGAAGAUCACGAUGAUGUUGUUGGAUCAAGGCAAUGGAGAUCAUAUGAUUGAUGCGUUUAAUUCAGAUCCUCAAAGUUCAUCUUUUCAACGUCCGAAGUCUGAUAUGAAUAUCGCUUCGGGUUCCCCGCUCUUUAUGCCUCUUGAUAGCUUGAAUAAUCGUCAGUACAUCAAGGAUGAUCUCCUGUUUAUUAAGAUUAUCGUCGAUUGA